AUGGAAAAAGUGUCCUUACAGUCAAAGUCAAAUACAUCUCUUGAUCCAUCCAGUUACCCUAAAGACUUGGAUCCUUUCGGUGAAGAUGAAGAGGAUCAAUCAGGUCAAACGAAAUUAUCUUGUGAAGUAAUUAAACCGUCUGCUCCUGAUGAACCUUCUUAUCCCGGUACCCUUGAUCCUUUUGCCGAAGAAGAUGAAGCAAUUAAAGACGAAACCAAUGGUGAUAUCAAAUCUUUAAACCAUUCAAAUAGGUCUAGUAAAAGAGUCUCAACUAAUUUUAACCAAGAAAAAGAUUCUAAUGUUUCUAAUUCAAAUGGUGGUGUUAGCUUGGAAACUUCAAUUACAUCACGUGCAUCUGAUUAUGAUGAAUCGUUGGAUCCAUUUGGUGGUGACGAUGAUAAUUCAAUUACAAGUAAAACCAAAGCAGAUGAUAGGAAAUCAAUUGUUGAUACUUCAUUCAAAGAAUUGCGGAAAUCUGGUAAUAAUAUUUUAGGUGAAACUUCAGGAGGUGGAAAUAGAGUAACAACAACAACAACAACAAACGAUAAUUUGAGUAUCAAAAGUGAAACUGAAUCAUCCUCAUCUGGAGAAUUAAUUAAAAGAGGUGUUGAAGAGAGAAACAGUUAUAGUAAUCAAAAUUCACCGGUUCCAGUUCCUCCUCGACGUAAACAUCGUAAUGUUUCACCGUCAACUAAAAGCUUAAAUCGAGCAUCAUAUUCAGCUUCGUCUCUUGAACGUGAUGCUUCAAAUGUAAUUUCAAGUCCAAGUAGCCCGGAUCCUAAUCGAUUGUCAACCGUUGAGGCAGAUUCUUAUUUAAGCCAUUCCACAAGUAACUUAUCUAUUCGUUCAAUUUCACCUAAUACCAGUGUGCGAUCUCCUAUUCGUUCAAGAAAAAAACGCCGGGCACCCGAUCCACCAGGUUUCCCUCCCACCGUUCCUUCAAACUUAACAUCACCAGUCACUCCAGAUACCAGUCUAACACUAGAUCAAGACACUACCAUUGAAACAACGAUGGACUCUACCAAUGAAACCAUAAACGACUCUAUCAAUGAGCUGAAAAAGGAGAUUACAACUGAGACACCUUGUGAAGUGACUCCUACACCCACCCCGGAGCCAGUGAGUGAGCCAAACACUAUUACUGAUGAAACAAAUAGUGAACCCAUCAAAGAAUCAAACAAAGAAACUCCCAUUGAAUGCAACCCUGAACCUGAAAUAAAAGUAGAAAAAGAGAUAGAAAAAGAAACUGAGAACGAAAAAGAUGAAUCAAACGAACCUGAAAUCGAUCAUGUCUCUGAAUCAACCAUUGACCAAAAACAAAUACCCUCCGAUGAGAUCAUUCCUAGUGAAUCAACCAGUGAGAAAACAAACCAACCCGAAAGCCAAACCUCUACUACUAUUACCGCAACAACGAUACCAAGUGACUUAACUGCCGAUCCAAUUGAACAAGUCGAUCAAAAUCAAUCGAAAACUCAUCAAGACUCUUCCAGCAAUUUGUGA